CUUAGGGCUGCCCGGCCCCUCUGUUGGUGGCUGGGAGAAGUUAGUCACCCGAGGCCCGACCCCGGCGAGCUUCCGAUCGCGAAGGGGCCGGGGGGAUGGGGAGGGAGGAAACCCGGUAUCGGGACCGCCGGGAGGAGGCGAGAGGAGCGCGGGGCGCGGGGGCGCACGGGGAGCUGAAAGCCCUUAGCCGGUAGACGGAGUUGCAAGGUCUGCGAGGCCGAAGUGCACCGGCUCCCACAGGGCAAAAACUUGCGUCAGGAACUUCCUACCGAGGGAAGGAGACGCAGGAGUGAAGGAGGCAGGAGAGACUUGAAAUGCCUCAGUAACUUUAAAAACAUACCAAAACACCCCUUCAGGAGAUGAGGAUGGCAUGCCGCUAUAAAUUCAUUGUUCCACCUCCUCGCAUCUUCACAGCGCUCGCACUGCUCUCCGCGCUUGCAGCAGCGGACUGGGGAUGACGGCGGGCAGGAAGACACUGCAUCCAAGAGACGCGGACGCGCCGCUUCACUGCCUAGCCGCAGGCUGCCCCUUGCAUUUUUUGUUUUAAUUUUUAUAGCUUUUUCCCUCUCUUUUUUCCCUUCCUCCUGGGUCCAGUAGAGUCAAGGAAACCCACAAAAUACGAAAGGAACGGGGCUCCGGAGCUUGGAACCCCAGCUGCCUGCAGGUCCGGAGCAGCAAGAGGGCGGGAGGCCGCACGCACCAGUUGCCCGGCUGGUGCGCGGCGCCUUCCUUACUUUUAUUGGUGCAGCGUUAUUGGCUGCAUUUGAGGUUGGAUUUGGAUUUUGACCAUUCUCUACUAUUUGCUGAAUCUCCACGGCCCGACUUUUCUCGUUUUUUAUUUUUAUUUUUUCUUUUUCCGAAGAACGAAUCCAAACAUUUUCCAAAUCAACAAAGAAAAGUUCGUACGCUGGCACAGCAGCCUGGACAGGCUGGCCCUGCUGCUGGGUCCCGUUCCAACCGACACGACUCAACCUUGCAAGCAAGUGUGUGUGUGCCCCCCAUCUCCCUCCCCUGUAACUUCCACAACGAAUAACAAAUACCCGUAAAGUCCCGUUCCCGCAGCCCCUCCCCGCGGGCAGCGCACUAUGCUGCUCGGGUGGGCGUCCCUGCUGCUGUGCGCGCUCCGCCUGCCCCUGGUCGCUGCCGGCCCCUCCGCGGCACCUGCCCAGGAUAAAGCCGGGCAGCCUCGGGCUGCUGCAGCGGCCGCCCAGCCCCGCCGGCGGCAGUGGGAGGAGGCGCAGGAGCGGGCCGAGCCUCCCGGCCACCCGCACCCCCUGGCGCCGCAGCGCAGGAGCGGCGGGCUGGUGCAGAGCAUCGACCAGAUCUACUCGGGCGGCGGCAAGGUGGGCUACCUCGUCUACGUGGGCGGCCGGAGGUUCCUCCUGGACCUGGAGCGGGAUGGCUCGGUGGGUGCCGCUGGCUUUGUGCCCAGAGGAGGCGGGCCGAGGGCGACCCGACGCCACCGGGGCCACUGUUUAUACCGCGGCACAGUGGACGGCAGCCCCCGCUCCCUGGCUGUUUUUGACCUCUGCGGUGGUCUCGACGGCUUCUUCGCGGUCAAGCACGCGCGCUACACCCUGAAGCCGCUGCUGCGCGGGCCCUGGACGGAGGCAAAGCCCGGGCACUUGUAUGGAGAUGGGUCUGCGCGGAUCCUGCACGUCUACACCCGCGAGGGCUUCAGUUUUGAGGCCUUGCCGCCUCGCACCAGCUGUGAGACCCCCACGUCCCCUUCAGGGUCGCGCGAGCCCACUCCUUUGCACAGCAGCCCCUCCCUGCGCUGGGCCCUGGCUCCGCAAUUCGCGGACCAGUCUGUAGCCUCGUCGGCUGGGGUCCAGGGACCACAGACGUGGUGGCGGCGGCGGCGCCGCUCUAUCUCCCGGGCCCGCCAGGUGGAGCUGCUACUGGUCGCUGACGCGUCCAUGGCGAGGAUGUACGGCCGAGGCCUGCAGCAUUACCUGCUGACUCUGGCCUCCAUCGCCAACAGGCUGUACAGCCACGCCAGCAUCGAGAACCACAUACGCCUGGCCGUGGUGAAGGUGGUGGUGCUGGGCGACAAGGACAAGAGCCUGGAGGUGAGCAAGAACGCGGCCACCACGCUCAAGAACUUCUGCAAGUGGCAGCACCAGCACAAACAACUGGGGGAUGACCAUGAGGAGCACUACGACGCGGCCAUCCUGUUCACUCGGGAGGAUUUAUGUGGGCAUCAUUCAUGUGACACCCUGGGAAUGGCAGACGUUGGGACCAUAUGCUCUCCAGAGCGCAGCUGUGCUGUGAUUGAGGAUGAUGGCCUCCACGCAGCCUUCACCGUGGCUCACGAAAUUGGGCAUCUACUUGGCCUCUCCCACGAUGACUCCAAAUUCUGUGAAGAGAACUUUGGGGCCACUGAAGAUAAGCGCUUAAUGUCUUCCAUCCUAACUAGCAUUGAUUCGUCCAAGCCCUGGUCCAAAUGCACCUCAGCCACCAUCACAGAAUUCCUGGAUGAUGGCCACGGUAACUGUUUGCUAGACCUACCACGCAAACAGAUCCUGGGCCCUGAGGAACUCCCAGGGCAGACUUAUGAUGCCACCCAGCAGUGCAACCUGACAUUCGGGCCCGAGUACUCCGUGUGUCCGGGAAUGGACGUCUGCGCGCGCCUCUGGUGCGCCGUGGUGCGCCAGGGCCAGAUGGUGUGCCUGACCAAGAAGCUGCCAGCCGUGGAAGGGACGCCAUGUGGGAAAGGGCGGAUUUGCCUGCAGGGCAAGUGUGUGGACAAAACCAAGAAAAAGUAUUAUUCAACAUCAAGCCAUGGCAACUGGGGAUCCUGGGGGUCCUGGGGCCAGUGUUCGCGCUCAUGUGGGGGAGGAGUACAGUUUGCCUAUCGCCACUGCAAUAAUCCUGCACCCAGAAACAGUGGCCGCUACUGCACAGGGAAGAGGGCCAUCUACCGCUCCUGCAGUGUCAUGCCCUGCCCACCUAAUGGUAAAUCUUUUCGUCAUGAGCAGUGUGAGGCCAAAAAUGGGUAUCAGUCUGAUGCAAAAGGAGUCAAGACUUUUGUGGAAUGGGUUCCCAAAUACGCCGGCGUCCUGCUUGGGGAUGUGUGUAAACUGACUUGCAGAGCUAAGGGCACCGGCUACUAUGUGGUAUUCUCUCCAAAGGUGACCGACGGAACUGAAUGUAGGCCGUAUAGCAAUUCCAUCUGCGUCCGCGGGAAGUGUGUACGAACUGGCUGUGAUGGCAUCAUUGGCUCAAAGCUGCAGUAUGACAAGUGUGGAGUGUGUGGAGGAGACAACUCCAGCUGUACAAAGAUUGUUGGAACCUUCAAUAAGAAAAGUAAGGGUUACACUGACGUUGUGAGGAUCCCUGAAGGGGCAACCCACAUAAAAGUCCGACAGUUCAAAGCCAAAGACCAGACUAGAUUCACGGCCUACUUAGCCCUGAAAAAGAAAAACGGUGAGUACCUUAUCAAUGGAAAGUACAUGAUCUCCACUUCAGAAACCAUCAUUGACAUCAACGGAACAGUCAUGAAUUACAGCGGUUGGAGCCACAGGGAUGACUUCCUGCACGGCAUGGGCUACUCAGCCACGAAGGAAAUUCUAAUAGUGCAGAUUCUGGCAACAGACCCAACUAAAGCGUUAGACGUCCGCUACAGCUUUUUUGUUCCCAAGAUGUCCACUCAAAAAACUAACUCGGUCACCAGCCAUAGCAGCAACAAAGUGGGACCGCACACUGCGCAGCUGCAGUGGGUGACGGGCCCAUGGCUCGCCUGUUCUAGGACCUGUGACACAGGCUGGCACACCAGGACGGUGCAGUGCCAGGAUGGGAACCGGAAGUUAGCAAAGGGCUGUCUUCUCUCUCAGAGGCCAUCUGCAUUCAAGCAGUGUUCGCUGAAGAAAUGUUAGCCUGUGGUUAUGACCUAAUGCAGAGGUACCUGCAUGAGUCAUCACCGAUCAGUCGUGAUGAAGGGUGGUGAUCCAUCUUGUGAUCAAGAGCUCUACCUAAAGCACAGAAAGUCGCGUUUCAGUGUCACUGGCAACAGGAGUCCAAUUACGGGCAGAAUCUGCCCUCUGCGACCAAAAGGAGAUGUGCACUGCUUCGUGUGACACUGGUGACCUUGGGAUACAGAAACACUUGGGAGUUACUGAGCAUCCCCUGGACCUACACAAAUGCAAAAUGACUGAUGAAUGUAGAAUCAGGGGACAUUUGAAGAUAGCAGAACAACAGUCUCCCCCUUGUCACCUACCUCUUAUAGAAUGUCUUCAAAGGCAUCGUAGUCAUUUUCACCCCUAAGGCACACUAGCGUUAUUUUUACUGUUUGUAAAUACAUUCUCCCUUGGUAUGUCACUUUAUAUCAUUCGGUUCUAUUAAUAUGUAUAUAUAUAUAUAUAUGUGUGUGUGUGUGUGUAUAUAUGUGUGUGUAUAUCUAUAUAUAUACACACACACAUCUAUAUAUAUAUAUAUACAUAUAUAUAUAUAUUCUAUAAAAAGUGUUUGACCAAAGUAGGUCUGCAACUAUUUAAACUUCUUCCAGUUUCCGGAAAGAGCUGUGGAUGUUUUACUGGAAAUUAAGACCGUGCUGCUGUUUUCAUAAGAUUCAGUAUACUUUCAGACAACAGAGGAUAAAAUUUUAGUCAAAAACCAUUUUCACAGCAAGCAUUUUCUGAGAAAUUUUGAAAAGAAAAAGGAUCUCAUUUUUUAUAUUUACUUAAUUGUUUGACUGCCUGUAUUUUUUCGGGCAACCAGCCAAAUUAAUGAGUGAUUAGAAUGUAGAAGUAGAGUUUGUGUGUGGGUAUGUUACCAGUAUUCAAGAGUCUAAAAAUUGUUUCCUUGUGUUAGAAUUUAAAAGGAAAAAAAAACAUACUUCACCAUAUUUUCCAUUUGUAUUUUCACAACCGCUUUCCCUUUCUACGCCUUCCAUCUGAUAUCUUACAAUGUAUAAUAUACAUACAGAACACACAUUUUUCUAAAUCACAUUCAACAUCUUCAACACUGGUAUACCUCUUACCAGCAAGCCUUUAAAAUGCAUUUUUUUUUCACUUGUUAGUUUGUUUUGUUCUAGGGUUCUGUAAGACCUUCAAUGUCUUGUACUUCUUGUUGACUUAGUUUAAUAGGAAUAUUAAAGAUCAUUUAGGAAUUAGCCACAUCUAGACGUGGUUUUCACUAAUGGGCUAGUGCAAAAAAAAUGUUGUUAAUAUUAAGAAGACUGUUUCCACACCAUAAAGGCAAUAAUUCCUUGCAUUGUUUGUUUUUUUUAAAAUCCAAGGACACUCAUACUGUACUUAACAUUUUUCCCAAUUGGAAGGAUUUGGUUAUACCAGUAAGUGUUUGAGUAAUGAAAUGUGAUUAUUUUUGAGCAGCUUGUUGCUUUAAUGUUCAUAUUCCGUCUAGGUAUUUUCUAAGUUUGAAUAGUUAGACUUGGAAAAUUUUUACAGUCACAUGCAUUCAAAUCUUUAUUUAAACAGUAAAUUGUAUCCCUCUAACUUGAUAACUAGAAAAUCAAAGGUAUUUCAUUUCAUUGAGAUUUUUGUGUGUGUGAAAUAUCACAAAGUCAAUUGUUGUUGAAAUUUUUAUAUAUAAUCCUUACCAAAUGUGCCUAUUGUUAAAGAUUUGCAUAUAAGGAUGUUAGGGGACCAUUGUUUGAGUUCCCCUUAGGUCAUGAGAGUUUAUUUUUAUUAUAAUAUAUUUUAACAUACAGGAAUUAUGUAAUUGAUCUUACUAUAUCACAUUCAUUACAGUAAGCCAGGAAAACAUGUCUCACUAAGUAUUUUCUUGAGAAUUUAUUAGGUAAAACAAAGAAUUGUUUUACAAAACUGGUAAUCAUCCUUUGGAUUUUAAAUAGACUUUGCUUUAGACGUGGUCAUUUUUUUUCUUAAAAAAAUCAUCUGUUAGAGAAAUGAAACCCAUAUAAGACUGGUAACCUAUGUCUGAUGGAGGUCACCAGAUACCAGAAGCCAGAAACAAAGCUAUUCAAAUCACUCAGAAAAAAGUUUUAAAUCACACCAACAAUUUGACUGUGCAGAGAGAAUUAAUGGUGAGGCCAAUAUUACUUUUUCCAAUAUCUGAAAUAAUUUUAAUUAAGUAAUUCAAAUAUUUAAAAAAUAUUUUUACCUUUUCUGGUUAUAUUCACAGCAACAUUAAAAAAUAAUUGAAGCACAAACUUGAUUAUCUCCUACUCUGCUUCUCCAUAUCAUACUCAUAGAUUUUUUUAAAUAUGAUUUAUCAAUGAUUCAUUUUCCCUCAAACAAUGAAGUUUUAUACUUCUCAUUGAAGCAAACAAUACUGGAGAGUAUAAAAUAAAUGAAUUAACCACUAUUCCAUGGUUUCAAGGAGCUUUUUUUAGUUUUUUCAUAUGAGUAUAUCAAUAAAUUGACCAAUGAAUAUAUGUCUACAUUCCUGAGAAAAAUGAUAUGGAAUGAAAACUGAAAUUCAGAGAAAUGGAGUGUUGAGUAAAUAUAAAGAAUGAUAAAGAAAUGAAAAAUCCUCUAUAAUGCAAUCUAAUUCAGUCCAGAUUGACUUUGAACUGUAGUUGUACCUUUCCAUAGUUGCAUUUUGUAUAAGGCAUCUAGAGUUCAUGAUGCUAGUGGUUACUUCCUCAAAAAAAAGUUUGUCUGAAAAUGCUCAGGUUAGUAAGAAUCUAAUCUCACACAACUAAACACUCCAAAUUAAGUUUAAGUAAAUACAGAGAGUCCAAAAGGAAAUAGCAUUUAUUUCUUCUAGAAAAGAAAAUGCAAAAUUAAGCCCUGCAUUAUUUAGAAGUUUAAGGGUAGUGUUUUAAUUUGUUCAACAAAUUCAACUUCCUUUGCCUUCCUGUGGAAACAGUUUUAUCCAUUAAACUAAGAAUUAAGGGAUUAAUCACAAACAAAAAGUUGCAGCACUGAAAAAAAAUGACUUACUGUUUUUGCAACUGGUAUGUGUAUUUGUGUGAUAAAAUUAUUUAUUCUUAUUUAACAAAGAUAUGUGCAAAUUCUUUAUUUAAAAUGUUUUGCUGUUGUCCUACUUUUUAAUUUAUGCUUCAUGUUUGUGUAUAAAGUACACUUUGUGAGUUUACAUAAUAUACGGCACUGGUUGCUUUUGUAUUUUUUAAUAGAAAGCUUUCAGCAAGGAACAGGUAUACAUAUAUGUAUAUGUAUGUGUGUGUGUACAUAUAUAUAUAUGUAUGUAUUCCUCACAUAUCUUUAUUCUGAUACUACUUUCUUUUCCAAGGAAGUUUCUAACUGAAUUUUUCAUGACUAGUAGUGUUCAUUACUUCUAGUUACAUUAGGUCUAUUUGAGUUUCAUUAAUACUAAUUUUUCCAAGUCACAGAUGAGAAAAACACUUAAGCAACUAAGAUCCAAGUUUUAAACUUGGGUAUAUAGAUAACCUGGACGCUUCCCAUAGAUGCUGAGAAAGAAUUAAGAAUCAAGUGCAUUCACUUCACUGAUAAACUUGGACAAGGAGAUGCUGAUGUACUGUAUGAAAGCUGUGCACAUACAACCUCCAAGUGAUAGAAAUGAAAAUAAAACCAAAUAUUGUCUUUUGCUGCUUUAGAAACACUUCUUAAAAUUAAUUAUUACUUAGUCUUUCAUGUAUGUAGGAUUCUAUACAAGGGAGUAAACACGUUUGAUUAAAAUGAUUCAAGUGUUAAGAGUCAUAUCUAUUUCUACAAAUACGGUAUCUCCACUGAGUGACUUUCUACUAAUAAUAAAUGUCAUGGAGUCAUAAGACCUGGGACAGGGAGGGACACCUUGGUUCACAUCAGCUUGCCUCUGACUAUAAAUCCAGUCUGAUCACAAAAUUAAAGCAAAGCACCCUUGGACACACAAUUGACUGGAUCUCUCUCUGGUUCUGAUGUUUCUCCUGUUGGCUCCUUCCUUAUUAACAAGGUCAUUGUAAUGGUUUUGAUGAGGACAGCAACUGGAUUCAAAGAAGCUCAGUACUUGUGCUAUGACUUAGAGUUCAUUGUUUAUGAAAUAAGAUUGAAUUUAAUAAUUACCAAAUGUUGUUAAUACUUUGUGGCUGAGUGUGAAAUCUCAUUGGCAUGAUUGAUGAAUAUAACUAAUCUAUUUAUAAUUAAACUUGAAACCAUAAAAAUA